AUGACUACUCAAAAAAGUGAAAAACGAGUUAAGGGGACGGCCGCGGCCCAGACAACCGCCCCGGCCCCGACAGCGACCUCUGGCUCCGGAUCCCUCCCGUCAGUGACCCUCGACUACUGCACUGUUGUCGCUACCGCCGGCAACGAGUCCGUCGGCUACUAUAAGUACCAAAACAUCCGCUACGCCGCUGUCCCCAUUGGCGACCUCCGAUGGGCCGCCCCCCAAGCGCCCCCCGUCGAGACGGAAAUCAACACCGGCGACUUGGCCUCGGCCGACGUCGCCUGCAGCUCCGCCGAGGACUGCUUGUACGUCGACGUCUGGGCGCCCGCUGACGCCGCGGGCAAGAACCUGCUUGUCAUGGUGUGGACCUACGGUGGUGGCUUCACCGGUGGCAGCAAGUCCGAGAACACUCCUGAGGGACUCUUCGACCUUUCCACCGACUUCUUCUACGUCGCGUACAACUACCGUCUCGGUAUGACCGGCCUUGCCAACGGCCCUACUUUCUUGCACGAGGGUGGUACCUCCAACACUGCCAUCUGGGACGUCACGGCCGCGUUCGAGUGGACCAAGAAGUACAUCAGCAACUUUGGCGGUAACCCCGACGAUGUAACCGCCGUUGGCUUCUCUGCCGGUGGCUCCCAGACUCUCUUCCAGAUGACUCGCUUCGCCGGCCGCGCCGAGCAGCUUUACAACCGCGCCUACGUCAUGUCCCCCGGCUUCGUUCCCGGCGCCGGCCACCAGCACGCCGAGGCCUUCUGGCAAAACGUCUCCACCGAGGCCGGCUGCUCCGGUGGCAGCCUCAAGUGCAUGCGCUCCAUCGACUUCGACACCCUCAACACGGCCGCCACCACGGUCCAGGACGCCUAUGACUACCAGUUCCAGCCCCGCGUUGACGGCGACAUCAUCGCCGACACCUACGAGGCCCAGUUCUACCAGCGCCGCUUCAACUUCUCCGGCCCCGUCGUCAUCACCCACGAGCAGCAGCACGAGGCCAACGGCCAGGCCUACGAUGGCGUGAACACCACCGACGACGUUGCAGCUUACCUCCGCAUAUUCUUCCCCGCCAUCAGCGAUACCAUUGUUGACGAGAUCCUGUCGCUUUACCCCGAGGACGACUACACCUCCCCCGGUCUGCGUUUCUCCGAUAUGGAGCAGCAUUUCGACUUGACUGCUCACAACCUGGCCCUGACCCACGCCAUGAACAACCAGACCUGGAACGCCAUGGUUGCCCUGGACCAGGCCACUCACGGCACUGACCAGAGCUACUACUGGUACAGCACCUACUCCAUCUCCGACUCCACCUCCAGCACCGGCACCACCACGUCCAACUCCACCGCUUCCAACUCGACUGCAACCUCUGCCGCCGCUUCGGCAACUGCUUCUUCUAGCGCCGGUGGCCCUCACGGUGCAGGCGGUGCCGGCGGACCCGGCGGAUCCACCUCCGUCAACGCCACCGUCGCCGUCAUGAUGCAGAAGUACCUCAUGUCCUUCGUCCUGACCGGCAACCCCAACACCAUGUGGUCCGAGGACAAGAUCGAGUGGCCCCAGUACGGCAAUAGCUCUGCCGCUGGCACUCAGCUCGUCUUCAACACCACCUUUUGCCUUGAGGAGGACGACCUGGCGAAUGCCCAGGCCAAGUUCUGGAACAAGGCUCUUUGGUACUAAGCGAUAUGAUGCUAUUGAUACCCCUAGAUAUAGGACCUUUUCUUGUCUGUAUUGACUCUUGUUCUAAAAGUACAUAAACAUGAUAACAAUUCAUCCAAACA